GAUUAUAAAAGAAGCCCAGAACUGAAUGCCUGUUUACUUCUUUAAAAAACAUGUGGGCGUUCUUAGUUCUCAUAGGUGCUGCAGUUGCUUCUGCUCACCUGCAAGAUCUGACUUUUGAUGGCCACAAGGUGUUUCGUGUGAUUCCACAGAACGAUGAGCAGGUGGAAAUCAUCCAUUCCCUUGCCAGCAUAAUGCAGGUUGACUUUUGGCAGCCAGACUACGUUGAUCUGGUAAAGCCAAAAAUGCAAGUUGAUUUCCGAGUUGAAGCUGACAAGGCUUUGGAGGUUGAACAUCUCUUGAAAGAAAACAAAGUGGAUUACAAAGUUCUAAUUGACAACCUGCAGACUGCACUGCAUGCUCAGUUUGACAGCAAAGUUCGUAGCACUGGUCACAGCUAUGAAAAAUACAACACCUGGGAUAAGAUAGCUGCUUGGACUGCUGACAUUGCUGCUCAGAACCCAACCCUGGUCUCUCGCAGUGUAAUUGGGGAAACAUACGAAGGACGGCCGCUGUACCUUCUCAAAUUGGGAAAAAGCGGUACGAAUAAGAAGGCCAUCUUCAUGGACUGUGGUUUUCAUGCAAGAGAGUGGAUCUCCCCUGCUUUCUGCCAGUGGUUUGUGAAAGAAGCUGUUGAGACCUACGGAACAGACAGUACCAUGACCGAACUUCUCAACAGCUUGGACUUCUAUGUUUUGCCAGUUGUUAAUAUUGAUGGUUACGUUUACACCUGGACAAAUGACCGUAUGUGGAGAAAGACACGCUCUAAAAACACUGGCACCUUUUGCAUUGGUACCGAUCCCAACAGGAAUUUCAAUGCUGGCUGGUGCCAACUGGGGGCCUCAAAUAGACCCUGUGAUUCCACUUACUGUGGCUCCUCACCUGAGUCUGAAAAGGAGACAAAGGCUUUGGCUGAUUUUAUUCGUGAACAUCUUUCUACAAUCAAGGCAUACCUGACUAUUCACUCCUACUCCCAGCUGCUACUGUUUCCUUAUUCAUACACUUACGCACAUCCAAAGGAUUACAACGAACUGAACACCAUUGCUAGUGUUGCAACCGAAAAACUGACCAGUUUGUACAACACCAAAUACGUAUACGGUCCAGGAGCUACAACAAUCUACCCUGCUGCAGGAGGCUCUGAUGACUGGGCUUAUGAUCAAGGCAUCAAGUACUCUUUCACUUUUGAGCUCCGUGACACUGGUAAUUAUGGGUUUCUUCUGCCUGAGUCUCAGAUAAAGCCAACCUGUGAGGAGACUCUGCUUGCUGUUAAAUACAUUGCCAGUUAUGUCCUUGAUCACUUGUAUUAAAGGAAAUUCUAGAAACUAUUAAAGUUAUUCAAAGAUACCUUUCUCUGUAUGUUCAAUAUUUUUUUAUUUUUUGCUUUACUUAAUGCUUGGCCAUAUCCUUAGUCCAUAAUAGGUCAAUAAUCUGAAAGUCUUCCAAGAUAAAUUCUACUUUUUUGUUAAGACAACUAAUAUAAUUAGGGAGGGGGGAUGGCAGACAAGACUUGCUGGAAAAAUAAGCAUGCCCAAACACCUGCUUUUCUGAGAUCCACAUUUUUAAGUUCAAAUUUUAAAUCACUUCUCCUUACCAGCUUUGUCUCUUCUUUAAUCUUCAUAUGGAAUUACCUAGGUAUUUCAUUGCCAAUUGCUAAUGGAAUGUUAACAACAUAUAGAGUGCUAGAAGAAUUUCUCCAGUGACUGGAUGAAAUGCAUAAGCAAAAUAAUCCUUCAUAUUUUGACAUUUUUAAAAGAAUGGCUUUCUCAGCAAAAAAAAAAAAAAAAGAGAGAGAAAAGACUUUGGCUUCACUUUUGCCAAAGUGCAAAAGUGAGUCUUUUGCACACAUACAGGAAGGAAUAUAUUAAUUCUCUCACAAAAUCAGAUGGUGAAGACUAGUGGGCUAUUAAUGUCUGUCCUCCAAGGAGUGUGGCAGCUACUGACUUCCUCCUAUAACCAUUAGGUGGGAUCUCUCACUUGGAUUCUUAUUAUUUAUUCUGGCAAAUGUAGUACAUAUUUGUUUCUGCCUGUUAAAAUCAUGAUUUCCCCAUUUCUCACUUCACCUUCUGUUCUCCCUUUCCUCUGGCACUCCUUCUUCUCACAAACUAUGCAAACUUUCCCAAAUUUGUCCCUUUUGUUCAGUUCAGAACAGUAGCAUUCCUGAAGUGAAAGAUACCCCUGAAUACAGUACAGAAACUGAUACAGUUUCUAUUACAAGUUUAAUAUUUUAAUAAUAUGGAUUAUAAAAUAAAUGGAAUGGAUCCUGAAACAUUCCUCCUUUUUCAUUCCUGAGCUGAUAUCAGAAUCAGUUUAAGCUCAUUAACCUAAAACUUGCUCAAAAUUGCUCUUCAGCUCCAUGUGGUCAGUGUUUGCAGUCUUUUCACAGACAAGUGAAAUUCUAAUACCUUAUUUCAAGCUGUUAGGAUUCAUCCAUGGUAACGAGAAAAAGUGAAAAUGCCUUACAUCUGAGUUAAUACGUGAAGUCUGCAAAUCAGAAAAAGGAAUACGGUUGCAACUAGCUGAAAGAAUCAGUAAAUUUAUUCUCCACUGGGUGAACAACUAUAAUGCAAUCUAAGUUCUAGUUGAAAGGAAGUGUGUGACAAUACCUUUUUGUCUUGUUUUUAAAGCAUCUGUGGGCCAGAUUCUUCCCUGCUGCAGCUCAGUUAGGUCAAUAUGACCAUAUGCUCUGAUCCAGGAGAUUAAUUUACCUUUCAAGUGAGGUGAUGCAUUUAAAACUCGCAACAAGAUGAUUUUACCUUCCCUUAUUAUGAAGGAAACUUGAGACCUAUCAGAGAAGAGACAAAAUCCCUUUAUUAAAUGCUUAUCUUAGUAAUGAAUAAGGCACAGAAGACUCACGUUAAAUGAAGCAUUAAUAGUGAAGAUGGAUAUGGGACACCAGACACGUCCUGGGGGGAGCUGACCAGUUUCAUCUCUGUAAUAAUCUGCACAAGAAGCUUAAGGAACUUAAGAUAAAGGUUGCUUGAAUGAUUAAAAUGAUCUUUACACAGAGCAGAUGGGCAGAGCAUUAGGACUUACACAGCCUGAGCACUAAGCAUAAUGAAAACAUCUAGGUGAUUUACAUAAAUACAAUUUCAUCCAAACUUUGCCUUCAUGGCGACAGUGGCAAGGAAAAAUUCUUAUUAUAUACUUUCAAAAGGAAGAUAUCUGAGAUAUGUUCUUGGGAACUGUCUCAAAAACCACCUCAAUCUGCCCCAUCACUGCAGAUCCAAGGUCCUGGACAGUCCCAUCUGAGCUCAGUGCUGAAGCUCACAGUUAAUAGCAGUUCUAACAACUGAGCAAGCAGAGCUAUGAGCUACUCUAUGUAAGGCUCUCACACUCACAACAGUAGCGUUUGUCAAAUGUCCUGCUAUUACAUCCGGGGGCCCCACACGUUUCCACUGCCAUUAGCAGAAUUACAAACAGCCGUGAGAAUUAGUUUGAUGAUGAAUGAGCAACUUACUUUUUCAAAAGAAGCUGUAAAAAAUUAUCCCUUCCUGAUCCACUUCCUAUACAAGUAACGUGGGUCUGGUUGGGUCAAAAUGGCUGAGAGUGAUAAAUAGUUCCCCUGAGCAGCUUUUUCACACAGCUGCACAAAAGGUGUUUGGCAUUUACCAGUGCUGUUUAGAAUUUGGCUGCUACGGGACACGCUCUGCAGAAAGAUGGAGAAAAAUCUUUUGCCAGGACAGGACCUGCCCUAUCUCCCUGCUGCUGGAGGCUUUGAACAAAGAUUUCUUCCGUCCAUUGGCACUCUGGCAAUUAGCACUGUUUUUUUGGCAUUUCCCUAUCUGAUGCGCUCAAAAAAGGACGUGAAACGCAUGCCUCAUUCAGCAGCCCACUCCAAUCGGCCCAGCCCCACUCCUUGCAUGCACAGCUGGUCCAUCUGCUGUGGACCAGUGAUGAAAUAGAACCCACAUGCAAAAGUAGCACUCACCAGUGAAAAGACAUGUCAUUCUAUUUUGCAAUAGAAGUAGGGGGGAAAAUAAUCAGCGUUACCAAUAAUAGUGCAAGCAGAACGUGCUGACCAGAGCCAAACAUCUCAUGAAGGUCAGGAAAAUAUUUUCCUUAGAGUACAACAUCUUUUGGCUAAUUUUAACCAAGCAAUAUUCACCCAGGGAUUACCCAGGCUACAACUGUAUAAUUUUGGCAAACGCCAAAGGCCUUAUGCUGACUGCAGAGUGAAUUGCUGAUGCUCAGCACCAUUCAUCCCUAGGAAGAUGUCAAGCAACCAAACACACCACAGGCAACACAGACGAGGUGUCAGCCAUUGCCCCCAGCAGCUCCAGGGCUACCCCAGUGAGCUCAAACCCAUGACGAGGCAGGAUGUGGCACACGUUAGUGCUGAUGCUCACAGAGCCAGGCUGCAACAAGGCAGCAGUACGUAAGGCUGCUGUGCCUUCACCACAGGCACCUCUGGUCAAAUUACAGACAUGCAGAAAAGAACAGCAAUUAAAUGUGAUCUGUCAUAUAUGAUCCAUGCAGCUUAGGACAGGAAGAGCAUACAGGGAGAAAUUUAAGCCCAAAAGGACAUUCUGCCAGCACGUAAGCUGCUGGGAUACAGGCACUGAAAGAAAACAGAGGGGAAACAACAAGUAAUCAAGCUUCAGAUUUCAGCACUUUCAAAAAGCAUACAAAAUCACUUGCAAAACUGAUUUUCAAAGAUGUCAUCAUAGAUACUCUGAGCCAAUUCCUGUUUUGAUAUUAUUCUUUCAGAGAAACAAAAGAAAUAUAGGAGAAAAAACAAAAACAUGCUGCAUGAGUCACAGAGGUGAAUUUUGACAUUUUUUCAAUAAUUCUAAAGAAAAUCACAGAAUCACAGAAUUGUAGGGGUUGGAAGGGACCUCCAGAGAUCAUCGAGUCCAACCCCCCUGCCAACCCUCACCCAUUUUCCAGUGUUAUCCAAUCUGAAUCUUUUCUUGCUUUCUAAAACCAAACUGAUCUGUACAAGAGCAGUGAAUAUUCCACUAGUGCAAAAACAUAAACAGAACCCUCACAAAAAACCUCUGUUUUCAGUUUUUCUUUCUGCAUUUCAGGAUGAAUCUUUGCGGUGAACACUGUAAAAACACAGUGCAAUUUUGCAGCAUUUAAAAUAUUUUUAGCUGUACUUAAGUUUAAGAAAAAAGUCUUGAAAGAACACAGAUGAACCCCUCAGCCCUCAUAUGCCACCUACUGAAGGCUAAGGGAAUGAGAAAUUUUUCAGGAAAGGAGAGUUUUGUUGACAGGUCCUGUGAUCCCAUGGAACUCAUUCCUGUCUUCUCUGCCUGAUGCAGGUCAGCUAAGGGUGAAGAUGAAGAGCUUUCCCUUUUCGUUUAAGGUUGCUCCUUUCAUUAGAUAACUAGAAAAGGAACAUUCUGAUCUCUUGGUUAAUAAAUGCAUCACAAACUUGCCAUCUUUCUCAUAUUAAGCUACCAUUCAGCACAAUACAUUCGAAGUCAAUGAAUUUCAGUGCUCCAAAUUUUAGAAGAGAUUAAGAACUGAUGAAAUGUUUUGAAGACAAUGCACUGCCCACGUGCCAUCUCUCACAGCAGCAGUAUCAGAGAACAGGCCACAGGCAGAGGGAACAUCCCACCAGAGCAGAUCAUCCAGUCCAGCUAUCAACCCACCCCCCCAUCCCAUGUCCCUAAGCACAGCAUCGGCCCUCUCCUUGAAUAUUUCCAGGGAUGGUGACCCCACCACCUCCCUGGGCAGUCUGUGUCAGAGUCUCACCUCUCUUUCGGAGACUUUCCUAACAGCCAACCUGAACCUCUCCUGGUGCAACUUGAGGCCAUCACUUUUCAUCCUACUGUUGUUACCUGGGAGAAGAGGCCAACCCCCACCUCGCCACAACCUCCUUCCAGGUACUUCUUAAUGAUUCAGACUCAAGUGCCUCGAACGCUGCACUAGAAGUUAAGCCUAUGCUCUCAGUUCAGCCUGCUCUGAACACUGCUUUGCUGACACGUGGCCUCACUUUGAACCAUCCCCAGGCCAAAGGUGGGCUGUGCAGGGCAGCAGGUUCUCUCUGUGCUCCCCACUGCACCCCUACAGCUGUGCUACAGCUGCCUGCAUGGGUUUUUUAAAAUGGGAGCAGAGGGAACUGCCAAAUGUUGCUUUGGAGAGUGGGGUUGUGUCUCUGGGAAAUACGGAAACGUAUUUUGAGACAAGGAAAUAUCUCAAAAUAUAUAAAACUUUUCCUUCAAAGGUUACUGAACAAAGCACCCCAGCUUCUUGGCACACAUGGAAAUGUUUCAUUUCUGUAUUUAGCAAAAGGCCUAAAACACUUAACUCUGGCGUUCCUCAAGAAAAGUAUGAAUCACAUUGCUUUAAUAUAAAAUCAACUCCCAAUUUCCUGGCUUCAUGGGGAAGAAAAAAAAAAUUCAUGUUUCUCUUCAGCACACUGAUAACAUAAGCUAUAAGAACUGGCAUAAAGACUGCAAUGAAGGAAAAAGGAGAAAAGCUUGGGAGCAGUGGCCGUUAUCCCAUAGAUCCCUGAGCUGCUGCCAAUAUGAAUCAGGCCACGGAGCACAGCCCCACAACACAGCCAGCAGCCAGGCCCUGGCCAGGAGCGAACCAGCUCAGAGCACCUCCACUCCUCCCAGUGCUCAUCCGUAGUCAAACCGCUUCAAAAUCAAGCAAAGCUGGUAAAUUUUAAAAUAACAAACAGAACUGAAGAGACAAAUAUCCUGUGAUGCAGCACUGGUGUUUUUCUGACCGUAUAAAUUGCACGGUCACUUACCAGAGCAGUCGCUUUCUCACCACUGCGAUCCCAAACUGAGAUCCUUCUACCCCUUCCCCACGACCCCUCCUCAGCGACCGGCACAGCGCAGGAGCAGCAGGCUCAUUUUGUACUGACUUUCACAAAAACGAUUCUUACAUUUUCCUGCUACAAAUGGAACUGCUGUUCAUGACCCAAAGGCUUUCUUUAGGGAUCACAAAUAGAACAGUUCCUACUCCAAUGGAACUAGAAUUCCUAAUGACAUAUUUUAGUCCAUGUCUUUGAAUCCUAUUUGAAAAGCAACAAUAUAGCCUUUAUAACUGUGGAAUAUGUAUUCCUCCUUAUAAAAGGAAAACUGAAUAGAGAAUGUUUUAUUUCUAGCUUUUGUCACUGCGAUUUCUUUGCGGUUUCGGGUUCACAUCUCCAUUGUAAGCUAUACUGUCACAGACAACACUUGUGGAAACAUACUAAGAAUGUCUAGAAAAGAAUAUAUAUAUGUAUCUUCAAGGUUCUUAGCACAAACUAAAUUUGCAUGACACUUUCUAAAUCAAAAAAAUUUAGACAAUUGAGGAACUUCAUGUACUUCUUCAUGCUACAGAACCAGUUCCUGCUUACUAACUUUACCCUGGUACCACCUCGUGCCCUGCAGACCGUGUUACUGGGUCAGCACAGAUCAGCCGAUGUCUUCCUGUUUUGCACCCUGCGAGCCUUGCGCACCCUUCUGAAGCCAGGCCUUCCUCUGCCAGCCUUCGUACACUGACUAAUGUUUGUUGGCCCUCACACCUGGGAUGCUGAGAUAAAUACUGUCUUGCAGCUGAUCUUGGAUACUUACCCUGAGGGACACUGAAUCUCUCCUACUUUCUGUGGAGCUGUUUUGCUCAGCCUCCCUGGCUUGCUUUGAGAUAAUUCAGCAGUCAAUACUGCUCCCACAUUCCCUUUCAGGAAUUCUCCUGGCAUAUCAGCCACAGCCAUUUCUCAUAAAGCUGUUGGAAGCUUGAAGAGUUAUGUGAACAUCUGGUUCACUUUCUCACUCUCCAGUAUCUGUAGCACUUUCUGGAGCCUUAAGGCUCAUUCUCGACAGUGGCACUAAGCACUAACAAACCUUGGGCUGCUCACAGAGUCCCUCAUCCUGACUGCAUCUUUGGCCAUACCCAAAACAGUUCAAAAUGAGAAAUACAAUCUUCUUGGAAUACCACUGCAUGAUGCUCACCUGAAAUAUUAUUAGGUUGCUCACAGAAAUACCUGUUCAUAAAUGUAAAGAUGAUGAGAUCACUCAUCUGUCUGAAGAAGUUUUAGAAUAAUCCACAUUAAAGCUGAUUUAAAGUUUUUUUUUCCCCAAGAGCUGUAAAAUGAUAGAGACAACAUAACAGAGCUUCUCUGAAGUUUGUUAUUCCUCUAGCAAUGCUUUUGGUUUUCGACAAUGCGAUCACAUGGAGGACAUGCCAGACCAAAAUGGGGCUGAACAAGUACAGUCACCAGGUACAUAAUCCACACACGUUCUUCAUCCAUUUAUUCAUAUUUUAGAAUACUCACUACUCUGACAAGAGUAUUUUCAGACCUGACUCUAACAGCACUUCACUUGCAACCAAAGGCUGUGAGAAACCGAUUCAGUCCUGAUGUGGUCAUCAUAAACACAGGUGAAGAUUCUCUCAGCUGGCACUAAAAGCGGUAUGAGUUACAGCACAUGCCGAUACAGAAAUGAGGAUGAGGAUCUGCUGCUGCUGGACUCCGCAGUUGCUCACCCACAAAACAAAUGCUUCUAUUCUAGAAAGGUUCGAGUCCCUAUUGCCCCAUGUGCUGAAAGGAGAACAAGUGGGGAACAUAUUCCCAAAAUGGGACAUAUGUGUUAAUUUACCCAUCUGUUCCUCAGAUCUUUAGCACAUAGUUCUUGGACUUCAGUAGCCAGCCACACAGCCUUAAGAUAUUUUUGGUUCAUAUUCAUAUGGGUAGAUGUGUUCUACUGCAAUUUGGAGUUACACUGACCUCAUUCAAUAUUCUCAUCCAAAAUCCAUAAAGCUGCCUGAGAACCCAGCCUUUUAUCUUCAAGGAGAACCACACUGAUGACAUGGAUAUUCAAUGUAAAUACGAUACAAACUGAACACAUCAUUCUUUUCCAAGAUUACCCUGAAAUCACAUGAAGAGGAAUCUUUUCACUUGUGAAUAUUUACGUUGGCAAAGCAUCACCCUCCCUCCCUGCCCAACUCCAUCUGUUAAAACUCUAAAAAGAAACCAACUUCUCACAGAGAAGAAACUGUAGCACAGAUCUGGCAGCAUUUCCUCCAGAGAAACGCAAUGAUUACGGUGCCUUUCGGCUUCGUUACAGCUACCUGUGUUCUUACUGCUGCUGGCAGAUCCUAAGAUUCCCUUUGAUUGUACCUGGGUAACAAUAUAGCGAUGCACAAAUUUAGUAACCAGUCCCUCUCCUGAUAUCUUUAGGUGUAAAGGUAUUUGGUGCAAAGCCCUGAAAUGAAAUGCAUUGAGCACCCAGCCAGCAGUCACAGGCAGCAAGGCUUACUGAAGAGGGUGGUACAAAAAGAACAAACGUCUUUUGGUUGAGACCUGCUCUUAUCCCCAAGAUCAAGCACAACAUUUUUUAAGUAAGCCCCAUAUCCUCUGUGUGUUUUGUGUUUACCUGACAGAGAAAUAAGUUUGAUAAAGCUCAUUAAACCACAUUCAGCGCUUAAACAUUAUGCAAGCAGAUCUCACUGAACAAAAUGGGAGAGAAAACUGAGUUCCUGACAGGUCUGCAAACAAAUCAAUUCACCAAAAAGCCUGCCAUGACUUAGAGUACGUGUAUGAGACCAUGGCAGCUUACAGAGUCUCCACCCAGUUUCCCUCUAUCAAGGGUAGGCAGCAGCAAACAAGUCCUUGCUGCUAUGCAGUCUGGAACAUUGCAAGGCUGCUGCUCAGAGGUUUGACCAAGAUAACGUGGACAUUUCAAAGAGGAGAUUCAGCUGGGAAUUUAAAACCAAAAGCAAGGGGGAACAGAUUAGGACAUUCUGGGAUUUAAUGGGCAAAAGCCGUUCCCAGUUCCUGGAAACACAUUCCUUUUCCUUCCAAAGUAUACAUACCAGAGGAUGGAAAAAAAAAACAAACACCAAAACCACCCUCUGGCAGUUUGCAAAAUCUUGGUUACAACAUACAGAAAGAACACCUCCACCCUAUGGUGCUCAGCAUUACGCUACACCUCAGCACUGUCAGCACACAUUCACUUCUGCCACUUUAGAGUGUGUUCGGAAGCAAUUCAGUCAGCAGACGUUCGUUUCAAUGCAAAAAUAACACAAAAAAGCAUUUCUUCAAGGAGCAGCAUGGCAAAGCGAUACGCCCCCAGAGCACAUUGCUCCAUCAGCACAGCUCAGCCUCGCUGAGUGCCAGGGAUGCAGUGUGUGAGUCCUGCAGUCAGACACGGCUUCUCAUGACACCUUGUGGCAGCACGACAUGCUGACCGCGCUCCAGCUCGUUCUCAUCAACAGCAAUCAAAAACAAACACCCAACUGCACAACGAAAAGGCAGUGAUUUAUAAUUAAGGUAAACAGACAAGCGUUUAAUUCAGAAAAAUUAGCCAUUCCAGAAACAUAACACUACGAAGUACGAAGGAAUAAGAUCGCUAUUUCCAACUAGUAGGAAGCCAGAAAGCUGACACAAGUUCAGCUUGAUGCAAUUCAAACUACGUGUGAGCUACAGAUCUAAAGACAAGUGCACUUUUAUAUCUAACACGUUCUUAUCUACUGUGAGAACAAAAACUGCAUCUCUUUUCAAACCACUGCCUUGCAGGGAAAGGUGGGUGCAGAAAGUGGAAGUUUCAUUAUCCAGAAACUUAAUUGUAAGCUGGCUGCAUCUGACUAAUUUAUGCUGAUGCUUAUGUUACAUGUAAUUGGAUAAAUGUAAAAAUGGCAAAUUUUAUUUCCCAUUUGUCCUCAAAUCGCAUUGAGAGAAAAACAUCUUUUAAUCACAGCUGAGGUAAAUUGUGAUCCAACACCAUCCUUACAGAGAAAUGCCCAUUCCAGAGGAAUCUGUAACAGCCCACUCUGACUAAUGGGUCAAAGAUAGCUCUAAUGAAAAUAACAUUAAAAACAACACAAGCUCUUAAGCUAUAGUCUUAUACCUGACAACACUCACCCUCAGGGCAGUGCAGAAAGGUGAUGCUCCCAGCUGUUCCCUGAGUAACACUUAACACACACUCUUUCCUCCCCAGCGGUAUUUCAGUUUCUUACUACACAUGCAGAAUAGAAUUAGGGUGGGUUUUGGAUUUCUUUGGUUCAUUUUUACAACACACAAAAAAGCAAAGCUGUGAGCCUGUACCACGCACCCGCAUGCUGCAUUGAGCUGCUGCCAGCAGCAGGCUGUGCUGGUUCAGAAAGCAGACACACCGCCUUGCAGUCAGGAGAGGGAGCCAGCUGGCACUUCCCAGCUGCUCCUUGUGUCUGAAGCUCAAAUGCCACGGCUUUGUGGAAGGGAAAGGUUUGCAUCAGACCUAAAUAUGCCAGUUAGUGAGUGCUGCAAAGAAGGGUUUGGAUACUCGUGUCAACUUGUUCUCCUCCUCCCUUGUAGAUGACCAUAACAGAUGCUCAAUCUCUCAUCAGAAGCUGAAAUAAAACUGAAGAGUGAUAUCCCACUGAGGUAAAGCACACCUCUGCCUCUGGUAGCAGGCUGGGAAGCAGAGCAGGGGCAGAUCAUCACCAUAAAAUAUGGAACCAAUACACGAGAACACACUUCUGCUUUUAGAAUGUAGCUUCUGAAGGAGGUCAGCAAACUCUCUUUCUUCUGUAACCAUCUUCAUCUGACCAGGACACAUCAAAGCUUUGCUGUCUUUUUGGUGUAGGCAUUGGGUUAAGUUAUGUAGUAUUAGUACAUAAAUCUCGUAUUUUCACAUGUUCUCCUGUCCUAGUUUCAUUCACCCAGAAAUUAGUGUGGAACACUGGAAAUCUGCCCAACCCUUAUGGGAUAAUGUGCUACUGUCUGCAACGUUAAGCAGGACCCGCUCAAGACCUCUCCAGGCCAAGCUGAGAGUAAAUAAUGUAGGCAGGUGACAAGGAAAAACUCCGUGUUCCUCUCAAAUCACGUCUUGUAAACUGGACCAUCAUGGCUUACCUUUAUAACGACACACCACACACGAAACUUUGGUCCCUGAAGCACUCAGCCCUAACUUUAUGCAGACAUACACUCUUCAUGCUGUAAGUGGCCACAGAAUUGGCAGCUGCUUUGGUACAGCUCUUGCUUCAGCAGAGCCAUGCCGGACUACUAUUAGAGAAUGUUAAAAUCAAACUGGGCUCAAGCAGUUUCCUCUACAACCCCUUUUGAGACACUAAGACUUUAUGUAUAUCCAUGUGUUUUAAAAUCCCACUGAAAAAUAGAAAACCUCACAGUAAAAAACCUUUCAGUUUUUAUUAUUUUUUUCAAAGUUGUUCUUCCUGUGUUAAAAGAAAUUGAAAGCUGGUCAUCAUCAUACUAAUAACUAAAAAAACAAAAAGCAAACAAACAAACAAACAAAACAACCCCAAAAACAUAAAAUCAUUUAAUUAUAACUCCUCAUCUCAUAAGAAAUGGGUCAUUAGUAAAGCAAGUCACCUCCAACCAGCCUGCUUCCCAUUCAAUGGGAAGAACAAGAGAGGAUCAGGAACCCCUCCUGAAGGCAAGUCCCAGCUUUUCUUAAAAGGACAACUUGAAAAGUUCUAAAACCUCUCCCUGUGCUAUUCAGUGCAGUGCAGACAGAUGCACAGCAUAGCUGGUUUACCCAGUUUGUUCAAAAAAAAUGGAAGCACUAAGAGUGCUGCCCCUUUACACACCAACCACAGCUAGAACUGCACUAUGAUGCAUUCAGUAAACCAGUUACAUGUAUAGCAUCUUUUUACUAGACAGGACCUAACUCCUAAAGAAUACUGACCUGAUCUGAACAGACCCAUUGAUUAAAACAAGAAUUUGCCUUACAGUAUCACAUGCACAGGUGUUUUUCUAUAGUUACUAGUGGCUUCUCAUUUUGAGGCUGUAGCUGUACAAUUCACGACGUUAUUGUUACAAUAUUAAUAGAUGUGAAUAUUUUUUGAGAGCCUUACCUCAUAUCUCUGUCACCAUUUCAAAUACUUACCAUUAAACACAACACCAAACAGAACCAGUCUUUGUCUGCUGAUCUGCAGCCAGGAAACGGCGCUCCAGGCCGAAACACACACUGCUGCCUCGUGUCCAGAUUUAAUCUACCAGGAGCCCUAAGUCCUUCUCGGCAGGACUAUCGAAUGCAGAUAAUCUCUAUUUUUAUUUAUUUUUUAAACAGAAUCAUUGGAGAAAAAGAAACAUUUUAGUGUUGCAGCUUUAUUUGAAAGUGACCUCAAGUUUUGAUAAUACAGACUUUUAUAUAAAAUUGGCACUGCAAAAAAUAAACUUCAGAGGUUUCCUACAACAGAUCACAAGCUGCAAGCUCAUAAUUAAAUGAUUUUUCUACACAGAAAAAGAUAAUCUGCUCAACGUCUUGUUUUCAGAUCAGCAUCAAGUGAUCCUGAAAAUCCAGCUUUACUCUAUGUGCCAGGAAAAAAGUAAAACAAGAAAAAAAAAA